GCCGGGACCAGUCGCGCCGACUCCCAGCGAGAUGGGUCGGCUCCCUGCGGCAGCGGCGCCGCUGGCGCUCCUGACUCUCCUGGCACUACACACGGCCGGCACGGCGGCGGCCAGACAAAACGGAAAAGGAGAACCUAAGCCACCACCAUCGCUCCGUCCCAAGCAAUGUCACCUAAAACGUCUGCCGUCUCCAAACGACAAGUACAUCCAGUACCAGCGCUGCCUGCAGCACAACAUCGACCUGCUGUUCCCGCUCUUCAGCAAGAACAAGAACAUCACCUCCACGUUCAACACCAUGACCAGCAUCAUCAACAGUGAGAUGGAGCGGCUUGAGCUGGGCGCCGUGAUCCCGCCGACCACGGCCACCACCCUCGCCGGGAUGCAGCUGCUGGUCGUCUCCAUCAGCAGCGGCAACCUCCGCUUCAAGGUCCUCUUCUCCAAGAUGGAGGGCACGCCGAAAAUCGGCGGCGGAAAACGCAAGUCAGUCGAGCGGAGCAGUCACUCUACCAACAUCACGAUGGUGGGCCGGAUGGCGCUGACGCAGGGGAACGUCGUGUUCUCCAACAUCACGGUGCAGGCGCUGGACUCGAUUGUGUUCGAGUUCGCCGCCGCUCAGGGUACUGCCGAGCAGACGCUCAGCAUGGCGCGCACCACGGUACAUGAGGACAUCGGCGUCCCGAUAGGUAAAAAUCUGCUGCAGGUGGCCAACAUUGUGUUUCAGAUUUUCCAGGAAGGUGUCAAGUAUCUGAGCUCGUGAAAUGUCGGCGAGGGGGCUGGUGUGCAUCACAGAACAGCGUCUCAUGAACGGGGAGGGAGAAGUGUCGAGGAUGUCUGGAGGGGGACAGGAAAAAUUGAUAUCAAUUUAAUAAAUUUCGGGUUUGGGGUUCGAGGAAAGAAGUGGAUUGUCUUUGUAGUUGGUUAAGUGUCGUACAAGAAGAAGACAGUGACGUAAUUAUUUAUCAACUGAACAAUAAAAAUAAUAUCGUCUUCAACCGAACUUGACAAUAUUACCGCAGAUGUAGGUAAACGCCUAGCAUCAAUGCCCGUCAAUGCCCUCGAUACCCAAUGCAAUGUCAAUAUAGCAUGCACUAUGUCCAAUGCAAUAUAUAUGUAAUAUGCGAAUAGCAGCAAGUAGCGACUACACGUAUGCCUGGCCAAUUUUAAUCAUAUUUGAAUAAGACAUGUGCAUUAUAUAAGAAACGUUUACUCAGGCCAAUCAGGCAAAAUGCCAGUAAUUCAAUCAAAGUCCAUGCCAGGCAGUCCGAAAAGUACAUAAAAAGAAGAUAUUGCACGUAGCAGCCUAAUAAUGGAGCCCGAAUAAGAAAGGGAGAGAGGGGGACAGGAAGAGUGAGAGCGAGGAGCGCUAAGGCAAAUAGAUCUUACUUGAGAACGACAGCCGAGACGUUUCAGUCCGCGGCUGAGUUGACAGUUACCUUCGCCCUGACUCAGUCUGACACCACUGGCUGACAUUCUGACAUUCUGACACCGCUGACUGACACUGUCUGACAUCUCCCUGUCUCGAGUUCGACAUCCUGACACCGCUGACUGGUUCAGCCUUACACAUACACAUCAAAGGUGGCAGACAGAAGUCGAACCAACCAAUCGCACCGAUAUUGUCCGUAUAUCUCUCAAGAGGAAUUCAAGUAGGCGGCGUUUCAAACGAAAGCAGGAUAUGUAAAUAAGCUCAUUGUAUUCAUUGCAUAUAACCUAUCUUUUUCAUAAGGACGACCUAACAUUGACGAAAAGCCCACCGAACACAACACCUAAACUUCACACAGGAAAACAAACAUACAUGACGACAAUCAACCCUAAGAUGAAGGCCUAAAUCAAAAGCAGCAGACAACUUAUCAACAAAUAUGAAAGUGAUCACACUCAUAAAGAAGCAGGAACAUAACGCUAACUACCAUCGAGCAAUCGCCUCACAUUCUACGACUUUGAUUCAUGGCCGAAAUGAUGGAGCAGAUCAGCCUAACCAGCACAAAAGCUGAUAUUGCAUUCUACACAUCUCAAAUAGCAAACGAUCUUAUUAACACGGUAACGUGAUCCUACGCUGUCAAGGAGUGGAAACCAGGGCAACACUCAGCCGUUGUUAUGGCAACAGGAAAACAUCAGCUCGCGAAUGACGGCAGUUUCCAUCUGCAGCAAUAAUCGAGCCAGGAACAUGUAAAACCAGCUCCGAAUGCCGGUAGCGAUAAUAUUGAGGAAACGGUACCAAGGAAAUGCCAAAGAAAUGUUGAGAUAGACCAGAAAUGUGCACGAUUUGCAUGAAUGGAAAAGACAUAUGAUUUUUUUAAAAAUAAAUUUAGUCCGAACCUUUUGAUGGGAAGGAUUCGCAAGGACAGAGCCACCGCUGAGCGAAGCUUGUUUCGGUGACCCUGCCCUCUAUCCUCCGAUCGCGCAAUUCCAGCUCUAUGGCAGAAUUUAGAGUCCAAAGUUUAACGUGCGCACAUAGCCGCGCACGGCCGGUCCCCUCACUGACUUCGCCUGGCUAAGGCCUGCCACCAACCGCAACCAUACCGUCAGGAGGCCCAUAAAUGUCAAGCGCCCGUCGCGCUUCGAACCCAGACUGUUAUAACCGGGAACGCGUGCU